GUGGAUUUCUUUGUUUGUGACCUGGAAAGCUACAGAGAGUUCUUACAGAGCGUCACAUAUCUAGGAUAAUCCAUUGCUUAUACAUUUUUUUCAUUUAACUCUAAGAUGUAAAUAUUGUGUUUUGUCUGUUCCUGGAGGCUGUUGCCAUAGCGAUAACCAAAAUAUACUUUUUUUUUUACUAGUUUCCUGUAUCCAUGGUGACGGGGAGUUUGGUCCAAUCGACUGUUGGUAUUGUGUGGUGGGGAAAUGCAGUGUUUCCUGCUUUUCAAAAGGGUUUCCUUCCAUUGGUACAGGGUGGAAUUCUUUGUUUGUGUCCUGGAAAGCUACAGUGUCCUUACGGUCUUAUGGAGUAUCUUUGGCCAGAACCUUAAAUAAGAAUUUGAGACAACAUGAAGCCUUUUCAAGCAAACUGCUUUGACGCUCAGUGCUGCCUCCAUCCGUCACUACCAACAGUCCUUGAGUAACAGACAUUACACCACCCCUCUGGUGACCAUGCAGAGGCCACAGGUUACUGGUGGCACCCCGCUACAGAUCCCACCACAGCCUGUACCCAAGAACAGGCACCCCAUCCUCCUGUACUCCAUCCAACCCUUACUGAGGGAGACAGUUAUCAGUAAGGAAGGCCACCCCCAUCCCCAGCCUGACUCCCCCCAGACCUGUGGCACUCAAGGCGCAGGCCAGAGCUGCUGGAGCCUGGAUGUGAGAGUGGCCGUGCUGCUGGUGAUCGUGGCUGGAGCUCUGAUACUGAUCCUGCUCUACAGACUCCUCCAGCUGAGGCACAGACUGAGGCUGGCCCAGGCUCGACAUGCCCUGGAGUACUACAGUUUCUACCACACCGCUACCUACACCCUCAAGGACCCCAGGCUGCCCCGGAUACUGCCCACGAAUGGAGAUGCUAUAGAGGUCACCCCUGUGGCCAACCCUGUGGCCCCUAUUGUUGUCACCCCAGUACCACCUCCACCGGUCUCCCCACCACCCACUCUUCCCCUCCCUCCACCCCCCAUCUUGUCUCUACCCCCUCGCCUACCUCCCCCUCCUCUACUGCCUCCACCCCUUCUCCCACUCUCUUCCUCACUCUCUCUCCCUCUGCCCCUGCCCAUCAUCCACACCACCCCACCCAGCCCUCACCAGUCCUGGGGCGCCAGCUCGGAUGCAGAGGUGUACUCUCGGAUCGGAGCGUUCAGACCAUCCAGGCUGUCCAGCCUCAGCCACUCACAGGUCAUCCUGUUUGAACAUUCCUCUCUCUGACAUCUUCUCUGGAUAUUCCACAUUAAGAGCAUUCCGCUUUGUGGCUGCUUCUAUCACUUCUGUGAGAAUUCUAUAACCUAUUUUAAUGUUCUGAAUUUCAGAUUUGUGUGUGGGUGUUCUCCCUUGUGAUGAGUUCUUUGAGGAUCAUGAAAGGGAUUCUUUUGAGUUCACUGUUUUAUUAUCCACUCACUGUUGAGUGCAUAGGCUUUGACAUUUCCUGUAGCUGAAUUGCAAAUGUCCAUUUUAUGGUCCUAUUAAAGUCACAAAGAAUUUAAAA